AAUAAAGUUUUUGUAAUAACGUACGUGUUAUGUUGUUCCUUAUCCGACAUCUAGCGUCAGUGAGCAAGAUGUCGGAUAAGAUUGAGAAUCAGAGCGGUAAAGUUAAACAUACUGGUGGCUGUCACUGCGGUGCUGUUCGGUUUGAAGUGUUUGCACAACCAGAUUUAAUUAUUUACAACUGCAACUGUAGCAUUUGCACAAUGAAGAAGAAUUCUCACUUUGUUGUAAGGGAUGAAGAUUUUCGACUUUUGCAAGGAGAAGAUAAUCUAACUUUGUACACAUUUAAUACCCAUAUGGCCAAGCAUUACUUUUGUAAGACUUGUGGUGUUCAAAGUUUUUACAAACCUCGCUCAAAUCAACAGGGAAUUGGUGUUAACCACAACUGUCUGGAAUCUGGAACAGUAAGAUCAAUUGAGGAGCGGAAUUUUGAUGGCCAGAAUUGGGAACUUUCUAUGGAUAUUGGGGGAGCUCUAGAACUAUCAUAAAUUAACCAAUAAAAUGUUUAGAACUUACCUAGUAAACGGUAAAUAUUUUCAGAUGAAUUUAUAUAUAUAUAUAUAUAUAUUUAUUUUUUUUGUCUCUAUUUUACAGUAUUUGUUCAACAUACAUUUAUGGAAUAUUAAACUGUUUUUUAGUGAAAAUAUUAUAUUCAAAU